AUGGGGAGCCCUUCAGAGCCUGUAUCGCAGGUGCUGAUUUAUCUUACCUUUGCGGCAUUUCUCUUCAUGGGUUUGUUCCUGGCAUGGAAAUAUCGAAAACAGACCAAGAUGGAUUUCAUCCAUUCAGGCAGAACUCAAACGGCAAUUCCCGUCGCACUCAAUUUUGUCGCCUCUGCACUUGGAUCGUCAAUUCUGGUUUCGUACCCUGAAAUCGCGACAAUCGCUGGUCUUCAAGGAGCCAUCACUUAUGCUGCGUGCUCUGCGCUCCCUCUCAUGGGAUUCGCUAUCUUGGCUCCUAUAAUCCGUAGGAGGUCUCCUGACGGCUUUAUUCUCACUAUGUGGGUUAAGGAUCGGUUUGGAACUAUUGCUAGUCUGUACUUGAGUUUCUUGACUGUUGCUACAAUGUUCCUGUACAUGGUUGCCGAGCUCUCCUCGAUCCAACAGGUCUUGGGCUCUUUGACUGGACUCGAUCCAUUGCCAAUUAUGAUCGUUGAAGUUGCUAUUACUUCGAUCUAUACCUCUCUCGGUGGUUUCCGGAUCUCCUUCAUUACAGAUAACGUCCAGGGUGCCAUCAUGGGUAUGCUCAUUAUCAUCUGUGCUAUUGCCAUUGGAACCUCUGUCUCCAUCGAUAGAACUGCGAUCGGCCCCUCUGGACUUACACAGGACUCUGAGCUUGGAUACCAGCUCAUUUACAUCCUCUUGGUCGCUAUUAUUACAAACGAUAUGUUCCUCUCCGGUUUCUGGAUGCGUGCCUUUGCGUCUAAGACUGACAAGGACCUUUGGAUUGGUGUUUCAAUCGCUACAGUGGUUGUUUUUGUUAUCCUGUUGCUUAUCGCCUCAACCGGUCUCAUCGCCGCUUGGUCAGGUGUCUGGACCCCAGGUGAAUACGGAGGUCUUGCUUUCUUCCUUUUGGUUGAAAAACUUCCCGCCUGGGUUGUUGGAUUUGUCAUUAUCAUGGUGUGCUGUCUUUCCUGCGCAGUAUUCGACUCUCUUCAGUCGGCAAUGGUUUCUACAAUCUCAAACGACAUGUUCCGCAACAAACUGCCGUUGAUCUACGUCCGUGUUAUCACGAUCAUAAUCAUCAUUCCCACAAUUGUCAUCGCGCUCAAAUCGCCAAGUAUCCUGCGUAUCUUCCUCAUCAGUGACAUAUUCUCUGCCGCAUGUAUCCCGGCUUUCUUGCUCGGGUUGUUCCCCAGCUUGUACUUUGUCAACGGGUUCGACGCUGUUAUCGGCGGCUUUGGCGGUAUCCUGAGUGUCUGGAUCUUUGGCACCAUCUACUACGGAAACGCCUAUGAUGGCGCGCAGCUCCUCAUCUUGGUGAACGGGCUGUAUGCCAACGACUGGAGUGUUUUCGGAACAUUCGUUGCCGCUCCUGUCGGAUCGAUCGUAUUCCUCGCUCUCUCGGUGGUAGUGAGGACUUCUGCGACAUGGGUGUUCUGCAAAACCACCGGAAGACACUUUGGGUGCUUCGAUAAACCCCUCCCACCGCCGGUGGUAUUCGAUGAAAGGGUGAGAGACGACGAUAGCACCACCGCGGAUGCGGAGAGGGGCGGGUUCAAGCAUGCACCAGAGAGGGUUACUGCCAUGUAG